AUGUUCCGCCGCGCCGCCUCCACCUUCGGCAAGGUUGCCACCGGUCUGGCUGGAGCCCAGCUGGCCGCCACGGCCGCCGUUGCCCUCUCCGACAAGGAGCUCGGCAAGAAGCCCGAGUGGUACCAGAACGCCGUGCACUCGUUGGAGAACUCCCUGAAGCGUCUGUCGAAGAAGGGCUUCAUCGAGAGCGAGUCGUGCCUAAACGAGGCCCAGGAUGCCCUUGGCCGUGUGUCCGACAUCCACAACUGCGAGAUCCAGUGGCGUUUGGCUCGCGUCUACGCCGAGAAGGCCCAGCUGUCCAAGUGCCCCAAGGAGAAGAUUCAUCUCCUCCACGACGCAAAGACUGCUGCCAAGCGUGCCCUCGCCGUCGAGCCAGCCCGUGGAUCUGCAGGAGCCCACAAAUGGUACGCCAUCACCGUUAUCCGACUUGCCGAGUUGGAGCCCAAGACCACUGACCUGGGGGAUGCCAUCAAGCACCUCGAACAGGCCGCCCAGAAGGACAGCUCUGACCCCUACAUCCUCACUCUCCUUGGCAUCCAGCAGUACCAACGCAAGGACUACAAGGAAGCCCUGGACAACUUCAAGAAGGCCGAAUCUAUCAAGCAAGGAUUCUCCGCCAACAACAAGUACUACAUCGGAGCUGCGCUAAAGGCCCUGGGAAAGAAGGAAGAGGCAAUCAAGGUCCUGAAGGAGGUGCUCGAGGCCGUGCCCCAUGGUGAAUUCGACGGAAAGUCGAAGUUCUUGGCGAAGGGUGCCCUGGCGCAGCUCGGACUCAAGCCCGAAGAGUACGAAGUCGGAGAAUUU